CUAUACACAGAAUAUAGAAAUAGAGAGAGAGAAGAGGAAGAAAAAUAACAGCUUUUUGCCCCUUUCUCAUAAACACGAGGAGAAGGAGGAAUUGUUUUUUUUCUUCCAAGUUCCAACACUUAUGAACAUUUUCAGGAAGUUAACCGCCAUGAACAUUUUCAAGAAGAAGACUACUCCCAAAGAUGCGCUUCGAACCAGCAAAAGAGAAAUGGCUGUGGCUACACGAGGUAUCGAGAGAGAGAUCUCAUCUCUUCAGCUGGAGGAGAAGAGACUAGUUGCAGAAAUCAAGAAAACAGCUAAAACUGGAAACGAGGCGGCUACAAAGAUUUUGGCACGUCAACUAGUUCGAUUGAGGCAACAGAUUACAAACUUACAGGGAAGCCGGGCUCAAAUUAGGGGUGUGACGACUCACACACAGGCUCUGUAUGCCAGCACUUCCAUUUCUUCUGGUAUGAAGGGUGCAACUAAAGCUAUGGUUGCCAUGAACAAGCAAAUGGCACCAACGAAACAAGCCAAAGUGAUUAAGGAUUUCCAGAAACAGUCUGCACAGCUAGACAUGACGAUAGAGAUGAUGUCAGAGGCAAUUGAUGAAACACUUGACAAAGAUGAGGCUGAAGAAGAAACAGAAGAUCUCACUAACCAGGUUCUUGAUGAGAUUGGUGUUGGAGUUGCAUCUCAGUUAUCUUCAGCUCCAAAAGGUCGGAUCGCUACAAAAACUGCAGCUCCACCUGCUACCACUGCAGCGACUACUAACAACGACAGCUCUGAAACAAGUGAAGUGGAUGAGCUUGAGAGGAGGCUGGCUUCACUGAGACGAAUCUGAGACGCAUCUUAUCAAGGAAAUGCAUAUGAUGUAAGAAGAAGAAAAAAUACAGCUUCCUUUAUUUUUGCUUGUAAUCUUUGUAUAAAUCUGCUGAAACUCAUCCUUUGAAAAGAUUUUGUUAAACCAAACGGUUUUAGAAAGAAGUUGAAUUACAAACGCUUUCUUUUGAAUAAAAAAAUCUCUGUAGAAAAAACGCUUUCUUUGACUUUGUGUAUAUGUAUUCGUAGAAAUUUAAAAUUUU